UCCCAAAUACGAAACAACUUCAAUUCAGUUUGUUUCUCUUUCUUUAAGGGGCUAUCAACCAUGCAUUUGGAAGUGGCUUGGUCACUUAAUUUUCCUCUUCAUGUUGCUGUCAUUCUCCUCUUGAGCUUCAGCAACCCAAAUCCUCAUUCCCUACUCGGUUCGACAGUCUUUCUAGGUAAUGCAAAUCAGUCAAAUGACACGGAUCGACAAGCAUUGCUCCAGUUCAAGGCCAAGAUAAUUGGUGAUCAGCUCGGGAUUCUGCAUUCAUGGAACAAUAGUGUCCAUUACUGCCAGUGGCAUGGCGUUACAUGUGGCCCUGGACAUCAAAGAGUGACCAAGUUGGAGUUGAUAUCACUAAAACUCAUGGGAUCAAUUUCACCAUUUAUUGGAAAUUUGAGCUUUCUAGAGGUGUUAAAUCUUCGAAACAAUGGCUUCAGUCAAGAACUCCCUCAAGAAAUUGGUCGCUUGGGCAGGUUGCGAGAAUUAGUAUUGCAUACAAACUCCAUAGGUGGUGAAAUCCCUUCCAAUAUAUCUGGUUGUUCUAAGCUCACGCGACUUCACAUACCGCACAACAAGCUAGUCGGAGAAAUACCUGCUGCCCUUGGUCACUUGUUAAAUUUGAAAGAAUUAGGGUUAAGUAACAACAGUUUGACAGGGAGUAUCCCUUCUUCCUUAGGGAACUUAUCAUCUUUAGAGAUAAUUUAUCUACCUCUAAAUAGAUUGACAGGGGCUAUUCCUGAAUCUCUUGGGCAAUUGACAAAGCUUACCCUCUUUGCAGCAGGAGCGAAUGAACUUUCUGGUAUUGUCCCUCCCUCAAUUUUCAAUCUCUCCAGGAUCAAAACGCUUGAUGUCGGCUCAAACCAGUUUCAUGGUAGCCUUCCCUCGGAUUUGGGAAUCACCAUGCCAUAUCUUGAAACAUUUCGUGCAGGUCUCAACCGACUCAGUGGACCAUUUCCUUUAUCAGUAUCCAAUAACUCAAACCUCAUAAAUGUAGAACUUUCAUUUAACAAUCUUACAGGAAACUUGCCUUCCUUUGAUAAAUUGAAUAAAUUACAGUGGUUUACCAUCACCGACAACCUUCUUGGAAGUGGGGGUAAAGAUGACAUGAACUCUCUCUGCACCUUCACGAAUGCUACUAGCCUACUGGCAUUGGAGAUGAAUGCCAACAACUUUGGAGGAGUGUUUCCUGAAUGCGUUGGUAACUUGUCAACUAAUCUCACAUUUUUGCUUUUGGACAACAAUAACAUAUCAGGAAGUAUCCCAGUGGGGAUUGGGAACCUAAUCAGCUUGGAGAUGCUAUAUGCAUGGAGAAAUCAACUAUCAGGUCCCAUUCCCUCUGUCAUUGGAAACCUUCAGAAGCUACAACAAUUGGACCUGGGGAUCAAUUCUAUCUCUGGGGUUAUUCCAAAUUCUCUUGGAAAUUUAAAGAUGUUGAACGAACUGCGUUUAAAUGACAACAAUCUCCAUGGUACCAUUCCUUUAAGUCUAGGGAAGUGUGAAUAUUUGGUUGGAUUGGAUCUCUCAAAUAAUAACCUUAGCGGCAAUAUACCCCCUGAAGUAGCAGGACUCUCAUCCUUGUCCAUUUACCUAGAUUUAUCUUCCAACCACUUAACUGGUGUGCUCCCUAUUGAAGUAGGAAAUUUGAAAAAUCUAGGUCAAUUUUCUGUUUAUCAUAAUCAACUAUCUGGUGUCCUUCCAAGCAGUCUCAGCAGCUGUUUAAAACUCGAGAAACUAUUGAUGAGCGACAAUUACUUCCAAGGGUCUUUUCCUUCGUCUUUCAGUUCAUUGAGAGGUCUUGCAGUUGUAGACAUUUCCCACAACAAUUUCUCCGGCAUGGUACCGACAGAUGGAGUGUUUAAGAAUGCUAAUGCUACAUCGCUCCAGGGAAACAAUAAGCUUUGUGGAGGCACACCUGAGUUCCACUUGCCCAGAUGUAACUUGAAAAGUGCUAAGAGCAGAUCAAGCAAAUUAACAAUUGCUAUUAUUUCUGGGCUUCUAGGACUAGGAGUAACUCUGGUAUUCUCUGUUCUCCUUGUUUUUCGGUAUAAAAAGAUAAGAAGCCAGCCUACAUCAACCUGGACAGAAAAUUCACUUUUAAAGUUAUCUUACCAAAGCAUUCUAAAGGCUACUGAUGGAUUCUCCUCAGCGAAUUUGGUAGGUGCAGGUAGCUUUGGUUCAGUAUAUAAGGGAAUUCUUGAAGAGAAUGGAAUUGUUAUUGCCAUCAAAGUGCUUAACCUUUUGAGUCCUGGAUCUUCUAGGAGUUUCAUGGCUGAAUGUGAGGCCUUGAGGAGUAUUAGACACCGAAAUCUUGUCAAGGUAUUAACAGCAUGUUCAGGUGUUGAUUACCAUGGCAAUGAUUUUAAGGCUCUGGUUUAUCAGUUCAUGGUUAAUGGAAGUCUAGAGGAUUGGUUGCAUCCUUCUUUCAAUGUUAAUGAGGUCAAGGAGUCACAAAAAAAAUUGAACUUUUAUCAGAGAAUGAAUGUGGCUAUUGAUGUUGCCUGUGCAUUGGAUUAUCUCCACCAUCAUUGUGAAACACCAAUUGUUCAUUGUGACCUCAAACCAAGCAAUAUUCUACUUGAUGAUGAAAUGAUUGGCCAUGUAGGUGACUUUGGAUUGGCAAAAUUCAUUUCAGCAAAUAUGCAAGAUUACUCUACAAGCCAGUCAAUCACCCUUGGAUUAAGAGGAACUAUUGGCUAUGCUCCACCAGAAUAUGGCUUGGGAAGUGAAGUGUCAACGGUUGGUGAUGUGUAUAGCUAUGGCAUCCUCUUGCUGGAGAUGUUUACUGGAAAGAGGCCCACUGAUGACAUGUUUAAAGAGGGUUUGAACCUUCACAAUUUUGUCAAGGCAGCUUUGCCAGAGCAAAUAGUUGAGAUCAUCGAUCCCAUUCUUCUUCAGGAAAGAGUUGCAGGAGAUACAACUUCCAACCAUACUUGCAGUGCAAGCAGCCAGAGAGAUCAUAACAUACUUGAUCAAUGUUUGAAUUCAAUAUUUGAAAUAGGAGUCACUUGCUCAGAUGAAUUUCCAACCAAGCGAAUGAACAUGAGUGAUGUUUCUUCCAAGCUUUGCUUUAUUAGAAACAAGCUUUUUCCAACUCAGUUACGUCAGAGAAGGCCAACUAGAAAUACAGUUCAAUCACCAGGCGCUUAAGGUUGAUGGCUUAAACGGAAGGUGCCAUUGUUAUUCACUUGUGUGGCUGCAAGCAAUCGCAGAGCUCUUUGUGGAGAUUAUCAGGUCCUGUAGUAUGCAGUUUGUUUAUGCUACGUCUUUUAUGUAAAUUGAAGUAAUUAUAAGAGCAGUAAAUUGUGGGAUAUGUAUUCAGUGAUAAUCUUUGAACAAAAUCUGUCUUAUUGUGCUUGUGCUAUAACUAAUUACAACCAUUUAUAAUUGAGAUAGAUUGCCUGUUUAACUCAUGUGCUAGGUUGCUUCCUGUCAUAAGUUCUUUGCAUGAUAUCUUGGAUUAAUUGUGUAAUGUCAAGGUGAGAAGAUUCUCCAACUUCAAGGGCCUUCUAUGCCAUUUCUUCAAGCUUUUUAGCUAUCUUUCGUCUCUCUUCCCCUUCCUCUGCUACUUCCAUCAGCCUUCCACAGCCUUUUUAACAUCUUCCUUCUUCACCAACACACCAACUUUCGCUUCUACUCCCCACCUCAUUGGCUCCUCUAUUCCAAUGCUUAAGCCAAUUUGAAGUAAUUGUACAACCAAUUUCUCAUUACAAAAUUGGUCUCCAAAUAGCGGCCAAGUUAUCAAUGGCACAUCAGCAGUGAUGGUUUCUAUUGUUGAAUUCCAUCCAUAAUGACCUAGGAACCCUCCAAUUGCACGGUGUGACAAUAUUACUAAUUGGGGAGCCCAACCCCGGAUCACAAGGCCUCUUCCUUUUGUUCUUUCCUCAAAACCAUCCUCCAAAAUCCACUUCUCUACUUCUGAUGAUGUUUCACUUCCUCUCAUAACCCAAAUAAAUGGUCUAUUCGAUGCCUCAAAGCCUAAGCCAAUCUCUAUUGAUUGUGAGGGUAUCACAUCAGAGAGGCUUCCUAGACAGGCAUAAAUCACACAGCCUGGUUCUCGAGAAUCAAGCCACGUCUGCCAUUGGUAUUCAUCAACUGAGGCUUUGUUGCUUCUCUCAGCCUUCUCCAAGCCGUCCUUAUUGCAUAAAGAAAC